AUGGAAGAUGCAUCGGAUAGUUGCUUUGAAGUUGUUACAAUGGAGAAGUCAGGUGCAGAGCAGCCAUCUGCAUCCUCAGAAAGAAGAGCGCCAGAUGCCCCAUUCAGCGCAUCAUCUGAGACUGCGUCUCCUGUUACCAAUGAGAAUUAUUCUACUUUACUUGAAUUAAGAAAUUCAGAAUGGGAAGAACAAACAUCUCAAAACUCAGUACUAUCAGAGAAUACGGCAAGUGGGACAGUAACAGGAAGCAUGAUUGAGGAUGAUGAAGCUCUUAGGAGGACUAGGCCUAACUUUAAUGAAACUAUCCAGUCUGAGAAGUUACAUCUUGAUCAGGGACACUUUCCUGGGACAGCAGUUCAACAGGAUUACCACAUGCCUGAUGUUAUAACUGUCAGAAUACAAACAGAUUCUGAUUCAUUCCAAGAUGUAGUUGUAAAAAUUGAAAGACCUACCUAUCAUAAACCAUUUCUGGGUGGAUUUAAGAACAGGAUAACAGGACUGGAAUUUCAUAACGCAGGAUCACAAACGAUACCCAAAAAACGACCUGACAAAGGAAUUCAAUUAUUUUGUAGGGAAACGCAGACGGUUUUUGAAAAAAAUAAGCCACAACAAACAAGAAAUACAACAUCAACACAGAUGACUAAAAUUGGCCUGUAUGUGUCAAACAUGACUGACAAACUAAUAAGUCCUGGAAAGUAUCUUACAGCAGAAGAAUACCAUAAACGUAGACUUGAAGCAGUAAUAGUGUUACAGACAUAUUUCCGUCGUUGGCAUGCUAUAAAUGUCGUACAAAAUCUGAGGGAAGAAAAGAGGUUAAGGCUGGCAUGGGAGGCACAAGAAGAGUUACGGAGGAAAAAAGAGAAGGAAGAAAAACUGAGAAGGGAACAUGAACGAAGACUGAACCCUAAAACAAAAGAAGACUUUGAGCUACUGUACCAUGCUUUAGAAUUAUGGAGGCAGGAGGAGACUGAACGGAUUAACAGAACUCUUACUGGAGCUGAAAGAAAGGCAGCAUUUUGUGGACUUCUCGAACAAGAGGCACAGCUGAUUGCUUCCAUUGGGAGACACAAACUAAAUGCUGAUGAGGAGAAUCAACAAAAAGCAAUAUUGCACUUUCUGGAUAAGUGUGCACAACCUAAGAGAUGGAAAGCGUAUGAUGGAAAAAUCACUGAAAUGGAUACACAGUACACACUCCGUGCCAGAGAACUAUUUGAAAUCUACCGCAGCAUUAGCAUGAAUGACAUCCCAAAAGAUGAGAGAAUAGAUGUGCUGUUAACACUCAGACAUACAGUGAAGGAACAUGAAUGCAAAUUAACACGGGAAAUAGUGGAAUUAAUUGACAGAGAAGUUGAUCUUAUGUCGAGAGAGGUGAAAGAAUGCAACUUAGAGGGACUGAGGAAAAGAAUUUGUACAUUAUUUCUUCAGUAUAUUAAAACUCCAAAGUUUAACCCUGAAGUUGCUAGGAUACUUAAGGUUCCACCAGAUCCCUUAAAACUUUAUAAAAAUGUUAACUUCUGUCAUAGUUGUGAAAAUUACUUACCAUCUACUGAGUUUCCUGUUCCUGCUAAUUCCCGCACCAUUGGCAGAUGUCGCUUGUGUUGCAAGCUUGAUAAUGAGGGUCGGCAUCGAGAAGCAUUUUUGAAGUACAGACUUAUACUAGAAAAUCUCAGAAAGUCUGAAGCUGGUUAUCAAGAUGAUGCUAAAAUUGUUUUCUUAGUUCAGCAUCAAGAUCUGCAGUACCUGAUGGAGAACAUAUGGGGCUGUCAGUCAGCUCUCAGUGCCUGCAGCGACCUCUAUGAUUUGGUUAUGGUCAGAUGGGAUAAGCAGCAUGAGUGGUCUCCGUGGAACACUAUUCUCCUCACCAAAGAUGAGGCAGAUGCACAUCUUAAGCUGGGUAACCUUCAGAAGGCUUAUGAAGCGGCAUUUAUUCACAGAAUAAAACAUAAGCAUAUCCGGGCAAAGAACUAUUUUGCUCAGAUUCCAGCGAUGACAUCAUUUUUGCAUAGGAGUGACAAUCAGGCUAAUGCAAAUGAAUUUUUAAUAGCUACGCCUAUUCCUACUGGUACAAAAACAUAACUCUUAGGCGAAGUUAACUGAAGUUAACUGAAUUAUUGAUUAAUACAAUUUCCUUCGUUUUAACAAAAUGUACUUUUUCAUCAAUACCUUAAUUGUAUUACACAGAUCAAAACAAACUUCUGAGGAUAAAAUAAUUUGAUCUUGACCAGUCAAUGUAACUGCAUUUCAUGUUUUGUAACCUCAUUAUUUAAAAAGUAAAAUGUUGUUGAUGAGCUUUGUAAAUUCUAAAUUUUUAGAGCAAUGACUGUCUUUCUGUGUACGCCUGUGUUGCUUGGAACAUUCUGUCUGUAGUGUAAUAUUCCUGUUGGGGGAAUUUAGCUAAUUCUUUGUCACCUUCUAAUUAGAAAAAUAAUACUAUAAACACUGUAUUACAUGCUUAAGAUGAGAGAAAUAAAUUUAAGGCAGCAAACCUGUCAAACCGUAAAUUCCUACAGAACAACAGGAUUGAUAUGCCCUUCCAAAUAUAUCUGCUUUGCCUUGCAAACAUUUGUGCAAGAGAAUAACUUUACUUUUUAUAGCUGAUCUUGAUGGUCAUAGUGGAACUGCCAGCAUGUAAUUAUUGUAUCCAAGAUCUUGAAAUUAUUGUAAAUCAGACCAAUAAUUUGAAAUACACAAUGCAGACUGUUUGGAACAUGUUUAUUUUUUGAGGAGCUUGUGUUAUUUAAAGUAGAAGUCAAUUCUGUCUGUAAACUUAUUUAGUUAUGUUUAUGUUUGAUUAUAUUUACAGAGGAAAAUAUGGUAUGGGGUACAUUCA